AUGUAUGUAGACGAUUUUAUUAGCAGUUUUCCAAAUGUUUCUGAAGCUAUAGUUACACACACUCAGUUAGUUAAUUUGUUUCAAAAAGGUGGUUUUAAACUAACCAAAUGGAUGUCGAACUCGAACGAUCUACUAUCGACAAUACCCGAACCCCUUCAAUUGGUCAAAACCAAACAAUUUGAUAAGUCAGUCUCCAAAGUGUUAGGAUUGCAAUGGGAAGAAAAAUGUGACAAUUUUAGUUUUGGGUUAGAAAUACCUUCAUCGACUCUUUGUACAAAAAGAAACAUACUCUCACUUGUUGCUCGUAUGUUUGAUCCCUUGGGAUUCCUAUCUCCUAUAACCCUCUUGCUUAAAAUUUGGAUAAAAAAACUUUGGACUCUAAUGGUAGAUUGGGAUAGUACUGUACCAAAAGAAAUCGAAAUAGCAUGGGAAAAAUUUCAAAAUGAAUUUCAUGUCCUAUACAAAAUACAAAUUCCACGCCAUAUUGCAGUUACAUAUAAUUCGUCGUUGUCUUUUUUAGGAUUUUCAGAUGCAAGUGCUGCUGGAUAUGCAGCCAUUGUUUAUUCCAGGGUUGUUAAUUGUACAGGUCAAGUUAAAGUUACUUUACUGUACUCUCAAUCUAAAAUAUCUCCAAUGUCUAAAAUAACUCUUCCUCGAUUAGAGAUUUGUGGAGCGCUUCUUCUCUCAAAGCUUCUUUCACAUGCUAUUGAAACUUAUUCUCCUAGACAUAAUAUUGAUAAAAUUUUUGCCUUAAGUGAUUCCAUAAUUGUCUUAAAUUGGAUAAAGUUCUCAGAUAUUCAUAAGAUGGUUCCGUCACAGUAUUGGUUUUUUGUUCCUGGAAAGGAAAAUGUUGUUGAUUGCGCCUCUCGAGGUUUGUUUCCUUCUUAG